CUAUAUUCCUCUUCUUCUACACACACUUAUUCUGGGACCUUCUGGGACCUGCGUCUUCCUGUGGAUACCUAGGUCUUAGCCAUGCCUCUGACAACUCCUGCCCCCUCUAACAAGAGGAAGAAGGCCAACAAGAUCAUCACUGACCUGUCCAACGUCAGCCAGAAUGAUGAUGAGUCAGACCCAGAGGCCUCCGAGUUUGACUUGGGCACCAAGAUCAAGACGCCCAAAGAUGUGAUGCUAGAGGAACUUUCCCUGCUCACGAACAAGGGCUCCAAAAUGUUCAGGAUGAGGCAGCAGAGAGUUGAGAAGUUCAUCGUGACCAACCAGAACAUGCAGAAUCUCGAGAAUUUGCUGAUGUGCCCUCCCCCCGUUCCACCAAAGCCUGAGGUCCAAAAGGAAGAAGUUGUGGAAGAGAUAGUGGAUGAGGAGGCGGAGAAGGAGAAGAGAAGGAAACAGUAUGUACGCAACUAUGUAUCGCCAUGGGAACGGGCCAUGAGGGGCAACGAGGAUCUGACAUCCACCAUGAAGGCCAGCAUGCCAGGACCUAUCUACAUGCACCCUGAUCUGCCCCACUACAAGAGCUUCAACAGGACAGCGCUGCCCUUCGGUGGUUUCGAUAAGGGGUCCAAGUUGCUCACCUUUGAUAUCCCAGAGAUCAACGCUGCCCCCGAAGAGCAAGAGCCCCUGCCUCCCCUACAGGCCAGCAUGUGCUCACGCCCCUCGUUCAACCGCACGCCCAUCGGCUGGGUCUGCAACGAGGACAACCCAGGCAUCCACCUGGACAUGGACGCCAUGCCCUUUGACGGAGAGACGGAUGACCUGUGAACACACAUGCAGACACACACAUAUUUAAGUACAUGCACUGGAACUGAUACAUGAAGAAUAUACCCUCAUUUGAGAGCAUAAGAUUAUAAAGUAAACCACAUACACUGAAAUACUGUUACGGCUGCUGAGUCUCACAUGAAAAUGUGUUGAAAUGUACUUUAAUUGCAUGGAAAUGAAUUUGAAAAACAAUGUCUUGAUGGAAAAGGACAAAGUAUCUCCCCUGGUCUCCUUUGUGCUUUCUUACCUUUUCAUCUCUAACUAUGAAUGAGUCUUACUAUGGUUUUGCAUACUAUGUGCUAAUAUGAGGCCUGUAUGAAUAGAAAUAGAUAAAGCACUCUGCACUCUUAAAACAAUGUAUUUAUGCAAUAAAGUUCCCCUUUACAGAA